AUGUCAGCGCACAGCAGUGAACCAGAGGACGGCAGCAGCUGGGAACCUGCAGACAGUGGAAGGUUUCCGCCUUGUUCUGCUUCUGGUCUCGUCUCAGCGAGGUUAACUCUGGUGGUUGGGGACACUCACUUCUCCGAGGAGAAGAUGUUACUUGUUCAGAGCUGCGACUACUUCCGAGCUCUGUAUCGCUCCGGGAUGAAGGAGUGUCGGCAGGAGGAAAUCCACCUCAAGUCUCUGCGAGCCCGAGGCUUCCUCAUUGCCUUGGCGGUUCUACGAGGGGAGAUGCCGGUCCUGGAUGCCGACGACAUCGUUGAGGCCAUUGAAUGCGCCGCCUUCCUGCAGGUGGCGCCGCUCACCAAACACCUCAUCAACCUCAUCGACUCUGAUAAUUGCCUGCUGAUGUAUCACACUGCUGCAACCUUCGGCCUCAUGGAUCUGUACCGCACCGCCGCGCUGUUCAUCCGAGACAUGUACGGCGACCUGGAGGCAGAGGUCAGGAAAACUUUACCGGCUGAGCUGAUCUCCUACGUGGAGUCUCUGACCCCAAGUGUUUUCGUGGCUGUAGGCGCCCACGUGACCUGCGGCGUGGAUGAAACCAUACACGCUGCCUCCAGGACGGUCUGCUACCUGGAUGAAACUGGCAAUAAUUGGAAAGUGUUAACAGAUCUUCCACUAGAGGCCAGCACCUCCAUGGCUGGAGUGACCGUUUUAGACAACAAGCUCUACAUAGUUGGAGGAGUUCAUGGCGUCCACAAACAAGUUGUGGACUCUUGUUUCUGCUACAGCGUUGAAAACAACAGCUGGAGCCGGAUCCCCGGUCCGGCACAGCUGCGCUACAAUCUCAGCCUUGUCGGUGCAGACAGUCGGCUUUACGCCAUCGGAGGAGAAUACGAGCGAACGGUGAUGUCAUCUGUGGAAAUGUAUGAUAUAAAGACCGGGAGCUGGACGUUCGCCGCUCACUUACCUCGGCCAGCGGCGGGAGUGGCAUGCACCAAAGCUAUGAGAAGAAUAUUUGUGUGUCUAUGGAGACCGAUGGAGACCACGGAGAUCUACGAGUAUGUCCCAGGAAAAGACGAAUGGCGGCUUGUUACCACGCUGAUCAGGCACCAGAGCUACGGCCACUGCGUGGUCGGCCACAGGGACAACUUGUACGUCAUGAGAAACGGGCCGUCUGACGACUUCCUGCGAUGCCUCAUGGACUGUUACAAUCUAAGCUCGGGCCAGUGGUCGUCGCUGCCGGGACACUUUGCCAACAGCAAAGGUUCCCUGUUCACCGCCGUGGUGAGAGGCGACUCUGUGUUCACCCUCAACAGGAGCACGACUCUGGAGUACGGCGUCGACGGGAGAACCUGGAAGCCCCGACGGCAGAUGAAGGGUUUCCCCAGAAGUGGAUCGGUGUGGACGUUUCUGCUCCGGCUGCCAAACUCUGUCACGCUGCAGGAGUGACUUCAUUUGAAUGGAUUGGAUUGGAAUAUGAUUUUUUAUACUGACCUACACUCCGAUAAAUGUAAAGGACGGUUACCAUUUAUUACAACUAUGGGGGUUCAUAGUCAGUAAUGAUAAUAAUGUUCUCACCAAGGUGUUUGCUGAG